GAGUCGGUGCCCCACUGUUAAGGUUCCCCGGACCGCGGGCGGCGGAGCAGCUCCCGGGCUGUGGGGUCCGCCCAGGGCCGAGUAGGUUUGAACCUGGGCGCCCGGCUUAUCGCGGGGCCGGGACAGUGGGGACCGCCCCUGAGAUCCCUUCUCUGGAGGCCUGCGGCACGUCAUCCCGGGCCUCCUAGAGGAGGGUCUAAAACAGGGAAAGCGGCCACCCCGUGAGGAGGGGACCAGGCUCUUUGCCUGCGAGGAUCGCCUGGCUGCCUUUCAGCCGCGAGAGAGGUGUCGGCUCCCCUGAGUGCAGAGGAAGAAACUGAGGCCGAGAAAGUGCUUGUUACAGAGACAGACAGCUGUGUCCAUCCUCAGUCAGGUCUUCGGAGACCAGCCGUGGGUGAUUCUUAGAAGCUUCCAGAGAAGUUUGAUGGCAGCCAGUGAUAAUGGAAUACGGAAAUGUGCUUGAAAACUGAGUUUAGCCUAUUUCUCAGUCCAUGUAGAUACCAUUGUGUGGUUUGAAUCGGGAACGAAGCCUUCUCAGAGCUAAGAGCAGAAGCCUUUUUGGUCAACAUGGAGGACAAAAGGCGGCGAGCCCGCGUGCAGGGAGCUUGGGCCGGCCCUGCUAGGAGCCAGGCCACGGCUCAGCCAGCUCCCGCUGCUCAGAGCCGUCUCCACCAGAGGCCUGGCCAGACCUGGAUGAACAAGGAGCACCAUCCAUCGGACAGACGGUUUGUGUUCAGAGAACCCCAGGAGGUGGUACGCAGAGCCCCAGAGCCACGAGUGAUCGACAAAGAGGGUGUGUAUGAAAUCAGCCUGUCACCCACAGGCGUAUCCAGGGUGCGUUUGUAUCCUGGCUUUGUUGACUUGAAAGAAGCCGACUGCGUGUUGGAGCAGCUUUGCCGGGAGGUUCCCUGGAAGCAGAGGACCGGCAUCAGAGAGAAUGUAACUUACCAGCAACCGAGACUUACAGCAUGGUAUGGAGAACUUCCUUACACUUAUUCAAGGAUCACUAUGGAACCAAAUCCUCACUGGCAUCCUGUGCUUCUCACACUGAAGAGCCAAAUUGAAGAGAACACUGGUCACACUUUCAACUCACUGCUCUGCAAUCUUUACCGAAAUGAGAAGGACAGUGUGGACUGGCAUAGUGAUGACGAACCCUCGCUGGGGAGGUGCCCCGUCAUUGCUUCACUCAGUUUUGGGGCCACACGCAUCUUUGAGAUGAGAAAGAAGCCCCCACCAGAGGAGAACGGAGACUACACGUAUGUGGAGAGAGUGAAGAUCCCCUUGGAUCAUGGGACCCUGUUGAUCAUGGAAGGAGCCACCCAAGCUGACUGGCAGGCUCCCCCAGUGCCCGCACCUCUGUCGCAGCCGCCGAGGGAAGGCCCAGAGGCUUUUGGGAGGAGGGCCGGAAUGAAAAUUGUGCGCGAGUGAGGCUGAUCACAUUAAGAUCCAGCUGCACUCAAGCGUCUCCUGGGAAGUUCUGUAGACCAAGCUGAGGGAGCUCCCAGAUGCCAAAGUGGCCUCACGUCAAGGCUGACCUCGCUCUCGGCAGCCUCACCACAUGCUCCCCAGGUAAUUGGUCCCCUAAUGCACCAUCCCUGGCCUGCUGCACCGCCUCUUCCCCCUCCAGUCAGUUCUUGACGUCUCCCCGCCAGGCGAGCGGGUCGUUGCUGGGCUCACACGCAUCCUCGCCAGUCACGUUGCUUCCUUGUCCUUGCAGACCAUUUCUAAACUGUCCAGUACGCUCUGGCCUGGAAGAUUAGACGAGAUUACCAGGCUGGAAUUCUGUCCAAGACCAGGGCUUUUAUAUGCAGAGAUUAGGUACUAGAUGCGGUAGGGCACAUAUAAAAGGGAGACACCGCCCUUCUCUUACAGAUAGCAGUAAGCCAGCGUGGCUUUUAUUUUCUUUCCUCAAAUUGGUUUUUAUUCCUAACGACAAAAGGAGGAUGUGUUCUUUGCAAGAAAUUAAAAAGAAAGAUAAAAAGAAAAAAGAAAGUCAUUUGUAACUUUACAACCAGAGAUGACAACUCUUUGCAUUUUGCCAUGUAUUUUUUUCUAUACUUAAAAAAAAGAAGUAACUUCAUCCUGAACUCAUCAUCAGCCUUCUCCCACUUCCGUACAUUGCUGGGUGACAUUAAUUAUUGUUCCCUGACGUGGUUGUGAGCGGUGCAUAGUAUUGUGUGUAGUUGUAUCCUUUUGUAACGAGUCCCCUUGUGUGGAUCUUUAGAGCAGUGUUGGUGUUGGGCUUGUUUUGCUCUUAGUAUGUGUUCUGUUGAUUCUGGAAAUCGGAUCGGAUGGUGGGAUGCAGGCGGGCGGUGCAGCUCAGAGCCCAGAACUGGGCCUCCUCCAGACCUCAGUUCAGAGAAAUAAAAAGAACAGGUAACGUUUUAUAGAGCCUGAGUAGGGGGCAGGCCCUGUGUAAGUGUUUUGUGAUAUUAACUCGUGAUUUAUCAGUCGUCACAGGAGCCUGUGGACGAGGCACUAUUUUCAAGCCCAUUUUACAAUUGAAAAACAGAUGCACAGCCCCUCCGCCUGUGCAGCCAUGCCGUGGCUAACCUCUGUGCACAUCUAUGACUGUUUCCUCGAGUGAAUGCCUAGAAGUGGGGUCUAUGGCCCAGACUCUGAAGGCUAUGCAUGAUUUUAAGGCUUUCAAUACAUCGUGGAAAUGGCUUUCCAGAAGGGUUGUGCCAACCUGUCCUCCUACCAGCGGCAUCUGAGCAGAUGUAAGAAAUGCACACGGUGCUUCGAGCAGCCGUCAUAGGCCAGGCCCCUCGCUCAGUCUUCUCUGAAGCUUCUCAUCCUGAGGGAGAACCUGUCCCGCACCCUGCAGGGUGAGCAGACACUCAGAACGUCUCAGCCAGUAUAGCAUCGUGUUCUAUUUUGUGUAAUUUGUUGAGAAAACAAGACACACACUUGAAGAACCUCAGUCACAAGGUGAACGGGAGACAGGGGUCCUGACAAUGAGUGUGACUGGAGUUGGAGGAACAUGAGGUGUGAUUGGGGGUGGUGGUCAGGGAAGGCUGCAUGGUGGAGGAGGCACCUGGAGAAGGGGGAAGAGGGCCCUGCAGUGACAGCCCAAAGGCUCGUGAGCAGUGCGUGUCCUGGGUGUCUGUGUCCAGGGCUUGUGGAGGGAAUGCUGAGCUGGAGGAGAGGCGGUGAGAGAGGAAGAGGGGCCCAGAUCGGGGCCGGGGGCCGCCUCAGGCAGAGGGCUCUGGUGGGGGAGCCACCGAGGGCUGGGACGGUGAUUUUCAGGAAAGCGUAUUGACCAGGAGGGAGCGAGGGGAUGGCAGUAGAGGUGGGAAGACCCGUGCGAAAGCACGUCAGGAGCCCAAGCAGAGAGAUCUGUGUAUGUGGCCUGGUGGGUGCCUUGGGAGAGGCGAGGAGAAAAGCUCUUGGGUUUCCUGGUGUCGGUAACACCCCUUCUUGCCUUGAGCACUGAAGCAAAAGAAAAGCAGAUGCAGGACUCCGCUGUGAGCUCAGAAUAUCAGUGUUCUUGCUGCCAAGGCUGGCUGGGCGACCUUGGCUCGUGUCCGUGACCACAGGCGUGCUCCUUGACGCUCACUCCCUCUCCAGGUCUAGGCCUGGGGGCGCCCUGUUCAGGGAAACAGCAUGGCAGGCUCUGUCCCUAUCCGCUGCCAGGAGAAUGGCUGCCAGCCCCACUGAGCGUGCAAGCGGGGAGUGCAGGAGGUGGGCCUUCCAGGCCAGCCUCCAGCAGGCGGCUGCUGGCCCUUCCCCAUGGCCCCUCCCUCCCAGGAGCUGAGCAGCACGCAUCGCUGCUGCGGGCAGGCAGGUCUGAGAGCGGCAGGAAGGGUUCCCUGUCCCCCAGUCCAGGAUGCUCUGGAGGAAGGGCUGCCAGCCACCAGCCAGGCAGGGUAGUGCCGGGGCGUCAGUCUUGACCCGGUUGAAAUAUCUACUUGACCUGGUUGGCAAGCCAGCUCCUCCACAUACUGCUGCAUGGCCUUCGGCAGGUUGCCAAGCCUAAGUUCCCCCCGCUGGAAACAGGGUUGUUGUGAGAUUGAGUGGGACAGCUCACGGCCGUCUCAGUCCGGGAGCACUUGUGAUCAAAUGGUGCGGAGACGUGAAGGGGAGUCCUCACCUGGGCCGGGUGGGGCGGGGCUCGCCCGGGCGGAUCUCGCUGCGCUGGAGCGAUGGAGCGACUGCUGUGUAGAUGGGUCUAGGACAAGGACUUGGGGGAGAGGGCCUGGCAUGGGCAAGAGAGACUGGGAAGGCGCCUGCCCAGAGGCCAUCGUGGAGGCAGAUGGGAGGGAGUGUGGAGAAGGACCUCAUCCUGGGGUGUUCCCGCAGCGGGGGCUGGGAGGAGGCAAAGAGCCAGAGAGAGAGCAGCGAGAGGAAGGAGGACCUGAGGAGGUUUUGUCCCGGACCCGUCGCCCCGCGCCCAUGAAGUGCUGGAUUCUUCCCAUUCUAGCCUGGGAGCAGCACGGAUAAGAGCUGGCGAGGCUGAUGGUGUCGAAGGUUAACAGACCAGCACGAAAUCGGGCCUCUGGAAGCCGGCCUGCACAUGCUAGGGCACCGGGCACCUGGCCACCUUCUUGUCUUGUCCCUGGCCGCUGGGCCAAGCAUUUUCCUGCCCGUGGCCCCAGGUUUCUCAUCUGCAGAAAAUGGGAGUGGAACCGACUUCAUAUUUUUUGUAGCUUUUUUGACCACAACCCAUGGUAAGAAAAAGUUUGCACAUACCCACUUAACUAAAGCUUUAUCCCAUGUGUUCACUCUGAUGUUUUCAGUUCUGUGGUGUAUCCUUAAAAAAAUGCUGGUCAUGGCCCCCUGACAAAUUGUAUGGCCCACUAACGAGUCACGCCCCAUGGUCUGAAAACACUCACCCAGCUCGUCUGGAAGGUCCCUUCCUCCUCGGGCAGCCCACAGCUCUGUUCCAUUUCCUCUGGCCUCACCAGCCCCAACAGCCGAGCCUUUGUGGUUUUCUUCUUUGUAUCUGCAAAUGGUGGUUUCCAGUCUCAGAUGCCUGAGACUCCUGGCGGAAGGUAGAAGGCGUGGUCCAGAGGCCCCCUUGCUGGCAUGCGCUGCUGCAGCACCCUCCCACUCCAGGUCACCCAGUGGGGUCCUGGCUCCUCCACCGGCAGGCUGGGGCAUCUGUGAGUGGGGAGGGCCCCCGUGCCUUCUCCUGCCAUCACCAUGGGAAAGGAGGGGGGGUUGGAAUGUCAUCUACGCUCCCCUCCCCACCCCACCCCGACUCUACUGUUUGGGCCAGAGGACGCCAGUCUUCUCUCUGGAAAAGUUGUUGGGAAGUGGAGCCUGGCUCCCAGUUAGAAUUCCAGACUCUUCCCCAGGCCCAGCCCUCUUUCCCUUGUUCCUCCUCCCACUGAACCCCUCCCUGGGAAGGUCCAGGAGUCACCAUCGUGGGAGCUGCUGAUGGAUGAGAAGAGCUUUGGCAACUGAUGGACAUGGGUUCAAACCCCAGCUCCAUCUCUGCCUGGCUGUGUGGCUUUGGGAAAGCUUCUUAACAUCUCUGAGCCUGUGGCCUCAACUAAAGCUUGGAGAUAAUCAUACCCGUGUGGGAGGACAAACUUAAGGGUGCGAUGAAAGGUGCAAAGUGCCUUGUGCUGGUGCCUGGAACGAGGUGGAUGCUCAGGAAAAUGCAUUCCUUUAAACCCCAUGCCCUUGUGGGUCCCUGGGAGGGAACGGCUGGAGGGAUGGUGUCUUUUGCCACCUUGAAGGAAGAAGGAAGAGAUGCCUUCCAUGGGCCAGUGACAGGCAGGGCAACAUCAAGCUGGGUGCCCCGGGAGUAACCCCCCCCACCAUGUCCAAAUAUGCGGAGACUGGGCGCGACAGGUGCCCCGAGUCCACUGGGCCGCCUGGGGCUGUCCGAGGGGAGGACAGCCAGGGUCUGGGGGAAGGGACUCUCUGGGCCCCAGAAGCGGGCCGGCAGCUGUUUACAAGGCUGAUGGUGUGUCCUGUCUCGAGGCCACGCUCAGAACAUUACAUGACAGGGCAUCUUUUUGACCCUAAUUUCUUGGAAUGUAUUAAAUUCCCCUCCUACAGGGCAGGUUUCACCCCACUGUGUUCUCGUGAGUCAUCUGUUUUGAUCCUCAUAACCACGGCGCUGGGAGGAGGAUGGGGCAGGCACGAGGCUCUACAAUCACAGGUCGUGGCAAGAGCUUUCUAGCAAACACCAGAACCAGGCCUCCAAGCAGGCAGUCUUGAGAUGCUGUUGGCUUAUUCUCGCGCUGUUACCAUUAACGAGGCGGCGUGAGAGUCAUCUUGGCAUGCCGUCUUCGGAGCCCGCAGCACUUUCUUUUUGGCGCCUCCACCAUGAUGGGAAAUAGUUGGAAGCUGGGGACAGGCACGAGGGGACCUCUGCCGUGGGGGCCCGAGGCAGCUGCUUCCUGGAACUUGGACGGCACUUCCCCUGAGGGCUCCUGGGCACCCUGGCGCUCGAUAGCUGCAGAGACCGGGGCUCUGAGAGCUAAGUGACGCGCUCAGGGCCACACAGCUCCAGGAGCAGGGGCUAGGGGACGCCUUGCGAGGCUGCUUUAUGCGCUGGGACCUGACCCUUUCCGUGCAAACCUCUAACCCCCUUGCUUGUGUGUUCCUGGCCAGCUCCCGCUGCCCUCUGCUCUGCUUCAGUAACCAGAAGACUCUCCUUCCAGGGCAGAGGCUGGCCCUUCAACCUUGGAACCAAGGUCCGUCCCUGGGGCUUGCUCUGGGGAACACGUGGGCUGGCUCGUGGUUCAGUAGAAGCAGUGGAACUUCUCAGGAUCUGAGGCUGUGAGCCCUGGCUUUAUGCUUACUGGCUGGGGGAUGUCUCUGGGCCUCUGUUUCCCUCUGCAUAUGUGAGGGGGUAGUGCCACAUGGACCCAUUCCGGAGAACCUGUCCUCCCAGAGGGCAGCGAGGCUGAGACAAAGUCCAGGACUCGGUUGUAGCCUCACUCUGCUGCUGCCUUGCUGCUGGCUGUGUGACCUUUGUCUAGUUCCCUCCCCUCUCUGGGCCUCUCUGUCCUCAUCUCAAAAAACAGUAAAGAUAUCCCUGCUUUGCUAAGGUGACAGAGGGGAAUCUGCUUUGCAAAGCUUGAGGGCCCCAGAUUGUGCAGGAUUUCAUCCUUAUGCAUGUAGUGAUUUUCAGACCGGUGGCCCCAGGGGAGGGACACUCAGGCCUGCAAGAAAGCACGCAGGAAGGACAGAGCCACAGACCCUGGGCGGCCAAAGCUGUGCCAGGAAGCAGGUCCUUGGCAGGAAAAUGCGCUCCCAUUACCCUCUGCAGCAUAGCCAGGCCCGCAGGCUGGGCAGGGUUCUUGCGAGGUUUCCCCCUGCCCCCUCUCCAGCCUGGUGUGCCCUGGGGCUCAUCCUGGGACUCAGGGUGCCUCCCCUGGUGGGCCCAGCCCUGCCGUGCCAGCCUCAGCAGCCUGCCCGCCAGCAGCUGGUGUCCCAUUGCCCUGCGUACAGUGCGGCCCAGAUUAGACACUGAGCUCAUCAGGCAGGAAUGGGGCCCCGGGGUGAGGAGCGGGGGCACUGGAGGCCGAAGCUCUGACUGGGGGUAUCACUGGGCCUCCCUGGACCCUGUCCCCUCCUCUCUCUGUGUCUCUCAGACUCCCGUCCUCUCUGUCUCUCUCCCUCCCUCCCGUGCACACACUGACACCUCCUCUUGGAGCUUGCUGGGGAUCGUCAUGGCAACCCUCCAGCAAAAUUAUCAAAACACUUUUAUGCUCACAGUCGUACAGAUGAAGUGCUAAUUCUGAGUGCGGCAGAAGCAGUUAAGAGGAUGCUGAAGUCACAGGCUUUGUGUGGAGGGCUCCCUGGGGGGUAGAGUGGGUACCAGUGGGAGGCAGGGUGGGGCCAGGAGGCAGUACCACCGGGAAAGGCCCCGUCACUCCCCUGCCACAGACACUGUUUGUUGCUGACCCCUCCCUACCCCUUAUGCCACAUUCACAUUUGCAGUCGCCACCCCCCACCUGAAUACACACACACACACACACACACCCCGUGGCUGGGCCAAAUACACCCAAAGUGCAGAUUGAUCCAAACAGCAACAUCUGGAAUAACCAUCACAUCAUUCAGUGGUUGGAGGCCUGAGGUCCACUCCAGGGAGACUUCUGGGUGAGGGUGGGGGACCGCCAGCUGACCAUGGCUGCUGGCUGGCAGUAGCUCUGUGCCUGGGCAGCAGAGCGGCCACAGGAAGGGGCCUGACUCUCUUGUCCCCCGCCCCCAGGAAGCAAGGAGGGCCUGUGAACAGAGCUGCCCCCACCUGGUUCUUCCCGCCUUGCUGUGCAGCCUCCGCGGCUCCCUACCUCUCUGCCUCCCAGGACAGAUUCCACAUCCCGGCUCCCACCUGGCCUGGGCCAGGGUACCGCAGGCUCCCUUGGAAACAAGGCCCUGCUAAUAGCUGAAGAUCUGGUGGUUGCUUUUUUUAAACUCUGGCUCUGCCCAAAAGCCAAAGUGUGGGUGGGGAUGGGGAGGAGGCAGAAGCCCCUCCCAGGCUGCUGCCAUCUUCCUGCCCCAUCUGCUCCCCAGCAGCCCCUUCACGGAGGAGAGCCUUCCCCCGCAGCCGGGCUGCUCGCCACUGGCCCAGGAGGAAGCAUCUCCCUCCUGUGAAUGGGUCCCCUCAUCCCCGCCCGCAGCCUCCCGAGGAUUCUAGAAUGUAAGAGCUGGGGGGCACCCAGGAAACUAGAGUCUAGCCUGCUUCCCUCACAGAUGGGGAAACCGAGGCUCAGCGAUGGGAAGCAGUGGGUGCAAGGCCACGGAGUGGAUGAUGGAACUGAGACUUCUGGUCCAGGCUGUUCCCAUCACAUCAGAGGGAUGGCAAUGAGGCGGUACAAGUGAUGAGCACUGAUUUCUGAGUCAGGCAGACCGGCUUUGAGUACCGGCUUCAGCACUUAGCACAUAGGUGCCCUGGUCAGCUACAAGCACCUGAGUCCUCAUCUGAGAAAUGGGGUGAUGGCAGGCUCCCCUCGAGGGGUGCCAGGAGGAUGACGGAGGUGGAGCAUGUGCUGAGAAGAGGGACCGUCCUGCAGCCCCUCUAAUGGCCACCUUCGGCCCCAGGGUGACCAGGGGAGGCAACUCUGCUGACAUUGACCCACACACUCAGCAAGGCCCAGCAAGCCCCAGAGGGCAACAGGAACCAGGCCCGAGGCCCAGGCAGGCCCCCAGUGCCCAUCCCCCCAGAUCUGCCCACCCCCACCCCUCCAGCACCCAGCAGUCCUCACUGGCUCCCUCACCCGUGCACCCUACAGAGGGGAAGACCUCGGCCCUUUGGUUUUUGGAGGAAGGUAGAUGUGAGUAGGGGUGUCUGAUGGAAGAGGCUGCUGUCCCCCAAAGCCCCCCAGGACCCCCAUUGGGCACUGGCCCUACCACCCCACAGCGUUUCAGCUGGAAUUGUACGCCUGGAGCGUUACUUAGCAUUGCCCUGUCUGCUUCCUCUUUUACACCGUGAGCCGGGCAGAGGGAUUAGCCGCCCAGACCCCGCAUGCCCUCGGAGCGGGAGCGUCCUGGCACCUUUCCUGACACGCUGGGCCCCGCACUAGGUGCUUUCCAUACGGUAAUCGUGGACUCCCAGGGGCAUUAUUUACACUGUUGAGGCGCAGAAACUGAGUCUCAGAGAGUGUGACCUGCCAAGGUCACAGGCUGAACCCGUGGCCGAGUGGGGUUAGGUCUGUGGCCUCCUAACCGGACUGUGGCCUUUGGCUGACUCCCGCGGGUCAGAGAGGGUGCAGAAUGUGGGAAAAGGCCAGCCAGGGCUAGGGCUGGCCCUGGAGGCGUCCUGAGGGGGAAGGAGCGUGGAUGGGGAGGGUCAGCAGUGGGAUGGAGUCUCUAGGCAGACAGGAGCUCAGAUCCCGUCCCUGAGAGGAGGUGUCCAUCCCUCCGCCCCCGCCUCCCCUUGAGGCCCCUGUGAGCAGGGCCCCAGGCCAGACUUCCAGGCGGAGCAGAGGGCCCGGGGCUGAUCUCAUCACUAACUUGGGACAUUGCUGUGAAGCACAGGCCUCCUUUCCUCCUGUCACCUCCCUGGGCCGGGGUCGGGGGGCCUCCGUCCAGGAAGCCAAGAGGGUGACCCCGGAUACCCCAGUCCCCGUCCGAGGAGUUUGGGGUCCGAGGAACUGUGUGUGUUGGAAAGGCAGCCCUGGUGGAGAGGGGGUGGCCAGGAGCCCUGGGAGCGGGACUCGGGGAGAGAGGGAACAGAGUGGCGGUCCCCUCCACAGGAGCCUGAGCCCCCGCUGGGCGUCAGCACUGGCCUGGCUGCUGCGGAAAGGCAGUGGCCGAGACUGACCGUCCAGCGGCAAGGCAGACAACACUCAUGGGAACAAAGAACGGAGAAGGCCGUUUAGACAGCGGUCAGUGUGCCCGGAGGGAAACAGGCUGGGGUACCGAGGGCAACCCUGAACAGGGCGGCAGGGAAGGCCGCUCUGGGGGCACAGCACUGAGCCGAGACCUCUGCUCUGGAGAGACAAGUGGCUUGCCUCAGGCCACACAGUCUGUUCAGGCAGAGCCAGGCUAGGGCUUGCCUCUGGACUCCCAUUCCAAUGGUCUCCCUCCUUCUAGAAACAUCCUUCUCUUGGAUUCUGAUGUGUUCCCCUGGUUUCUCUCUUACCCUGUUGGAUGCUGCUUCUCUGUGUCCGUGACCGGCUCGUCGUCCUCCCACUGGUGGCUGGUCCCGGCCCUCUUCUGUCUGGAAGGUGGGCUUUCUCCCACUCCCUGUCUAUCCCCUGAUAACUCCCAAACUGCCACCUGCAUCCUCACCUCCCUCAGUUCCCACGUCCUGCUUGACCUCUCCAUGUGAAUGUCUAACGGUUUUCUCCAUCAGGACAACGCUAAGUUGAUACAGCAGAGACCAGAAAUUAGAGUGGUUUAGAAAUAUUCAGUUGAUUACCUGCUCAUGUAAUCAUUCCCAGGGAAACAUUUCAGGUUGGUACAUGGCUCGGCUCCACAGGGUCAUUUAGAACCUGGACUAAUGACGUCCCUGCUCUCUUUACCGCGAAGCUUCCAGAUUCCUUCUUGUUGUCACUCUCCCAGCCAACGUGAGGGGACAACAUGGAGGUCUAGAGCAGAAAUUUCCUCUUAAGCAGGUGAGGCAGAAGUUGAACCCACCCCUCUGCUCACAUGCCCCGGACGAGAGUUCAGACAUACAGCCCCACCUAGCUGCAAGGGAAGCUGGGAAAUGGCCAGCUGCCGUCUGCAGCACAGUCCACCCUCUAGAACGGGGCGGGGAGGGGGCUUCCUUGCCCUGGGGGUCGAGGAGGCUCUCCUCCACAGGGGCACCCCUCUCACCCCACAGGCCCCUGGCUCUGCCCUUUGAGAAGUCCCUCCUUGUCCCUCAGCCUCCACAGCCACCAACAGGGUUCCUUUGGGCACUUAUUUGGGCUGGAACAAUCAUGGGCUCUCGAAGUCCAGCCUUGUGAAGUUGUUGGUAAUAACACUUCCUUCAAAGACUCAGUAGGCCUCAGGUCUGUCUGCUGCUGGUCCGUUUCAUGUGCCAGUAGCCACACCCCACAGUUCCUUUCUUGCUGGAGUUCUUGCCCAGCCCAUCUCGUUCUCUCUCACUUUAAAUGAAAGUUCCCCUGAGGGCAUCUGAAGUGACAGACUUGGAACAAGGCAACACCCCCCAUGUGAUACUUUGCCACAGGGGUGAUCCUUUGUUUGGCUGAAUGUCUGACCUGAUAGACGGGCUUUGAGAAAGGCUCUGAGCCACCAUCAGACCGUCUGAUCUGCUCUUGGGAUGAAACCCGUUGCUUUUUCCAGCCCUGGGACAGCAGUUUGCUGGACUCUCUGUUCUUCUGUCCAUCUCUUCUUGCAAACUAGACAGUCUCUUGAAUAUGUUGCUAAAAGCAGCACUGAGCAGCCAACAUAUGCAAAUGUUUUUGCCUCUUUCCAACCAUUUCUCUAGAAUUUUAGGCUCAGUAGGCAUGUGGUCUGUCUUCCAAAUUAUCACAGGUAGUGGUUUUUUGGGGUUUUUUUGAGGAAGAUCGGCCCUGAGCUAACUGCUGCCAAUUCUCCUCUUUUUGCU